AUGGCAGCUCUCACAAGCAAUCUCAUCAAGAAAAGAUCAAAUCUUUUACAACAUUUUAAGGACAAAUUGUUGUCAAGUAGCAGCAGCAGCCGCCAUGUAUUGGACUCUUCACUUGCUCAGAGGUUAAGGGAUCUGCCUAAAGAACUUCCUGGGACCAGAAUCAAGAAACAUGUUUCUCAGCUUAUUGGUAGAACACCUCUUGUCUAUCUCAACAAAGUAACCGAGGAUUGUGGCGCUUAUGUAGCCGUGAAGCAAGAGAUGAUGCAGCCUACUUCCAGCAUCAAAGACAGACCGGCAUAUGCAAUGAUCACAGAUGCUGAGAAAAAAGGCCUUAUCACACCCGCAGAAACGAUAUUAAUCGAGCCCACAUCAGGCAACAUGGGAAUCAGCAUGGCAUUUAUGGCGGCUUUGAAAGGUUACAAGAUGGUUCUAACUAUGCCAUCUUACACGAGCCUAGAAAGACGGGUCACAAUGAGAGCUUUCGGAGCCGAUUUAAUUGUCACUGACCCCACUAAAGGAAUGGAAGGCACUGUUAAAAAGGCCUAUCAACUUUUGGAAUCCACACCGAACGCCUUUAUGCUUCAGCAGUUUUCGAACCCUGCUAAUACUCAGGUACAUUUUGAGACGACUGGUCCAGAGAUAUGGGAGGAUACUAAUGGUGAAGUCGACAUUUUUAUUAUGGGGAUUGGAAGUGGCGGCACGGUUACUGGUGUUGGACGAUAUUUGAAAUCCAAGAAUCCUAAUGUUAAGAUAUAUGGACUCGAGCCAGAGGAAAGCAAUGUUCUAAAUGGCGGUAAACCAGGCUCUCAUCACAUAACUGGAAAUGGAGUUGGAUUCAAACCGGACAUUCUCGAUAUGGAUGUCAUGGAAGAAGUUCUUACCGUUUCUAGUGAAGAUGCUGUGAACAUGGCCAGACAAUUGGCACUAAAGGAGGGUCUCAUGGUGGGAAUUUCAUCUGGAGCUAACACAGUUGCGGCUCUUAGACUUGCCAAAAGACCCGAAAACAAGGGCAAACUCAUUGUGACCGUUCAUCCGAGCUUUGGCGAACGAUACUUGUCGUCCGUCUUGUUCCAAGAGUUAAGGAGAGAAGCUGAGGAAAUGCAGCCUGUUCCAUCGGUGGCCGUCUCCCCCGGCCAAGAGCAGUCCAUUUUCCGGUGGAUCAUGGGCGACGUCGAGGACCCGUCCAUGGGAGGCCUUAACCGUGCCCUCCCCAUUGGCGGCGACGGCGGAUCCUCCGCGCCGGAGCUCGAUUUCAGAGGCGGCUUUGCGUCGAACGUGGAUCAGGGUUUCAGCUCCGGCGAAUACUUCAUGCCCGCGGCCCCAAAUUUCCCCAACAACAGCAGAUCUUAA